AUGUCUCCUACCGCAUACUCGUCUCCCCUUGAGGGUAUCGAUACUUCCACUCCUCUUCCUACUACGAAGAACGCGGAUGGCAAGUCAUUGACGAACCUACCGCCGACUGAGCGGUCUCGGGCGUACGAGGAGUUCGUCGAGCCGAUAACGAAGGCAGGCUUUGACUUCCAAAUAUACUACAUGGAGAACAUCCCCGCACAGAAGCAGUUUGCGCGCGAACUGCACGAGCGCAUACGGCGCGAGUUCCCUGAGUUAUCCUGCUCCUUCUCAACUGUCCAACCCCUCCCAGGUCCCCACCCCGUCGCCAUGUUCGAAGUCGACACCUUCACCCCGCACACCACCGGCGUCCUAUUUUCCUGGCUCGCCGUCCACCGCGGGCCGCUCAGCGUGCUCAUCCACCCCAACACGGGGGACGACUACCGGGACCAUACGGAGUUGCCGAUAUGGAUGGGGAAGCCGUGGCCGUUGGCGGUAGAGUUGUUGAGGUGA